GUCACAUUGCUGUCAAACAACAAAACAAUUGUCCCACUAUCUGCAAACUGUUUUUCUACCAAGUUAUAGCUGUGUAAUUUAUGUUUAAUUCUUAUUAAAUGUAGUUUCUUGUUUAUGUUGUAUGGACUAGCACACAAUACCCCCACAAUAUUAAAGAUUUCGUUUAAAAAUGUCAACAUUCACAGGCUUUAGUGAAGAAGACUUAAAGCGAAUCAAAUCAGCGGAAUCUUUCAAGAGCAGCGGUAUAAUUGAUCCUGAUUUUGAUUUAAGUAACAUACGUAAGAUAGAUAAAAUUGGUGCAAAACCGAAAAAAGGAAUAAUAAAAAAUAUACCACCUGUUUUACGUAAACAAGAUUCGGACGAUGCUAUAGAUAGUAUAGAAUUUAGUAAAUGUAAAUUAAGCAUAAAAACACCAACAACACCUUCAGAGCAUACUCUUAGCAACAUUGAUGAUACAGAAGUAAAGAUAGAAGAUAUAAAGAAUGAUACAGAUGGAGAAAAUGGAGAAUCCAAUAGUUUAUCAGGAGUGGAGAUUGAGAGCAAUGAUAGGAGAGAUAGUAUUGUAACACCAGAUAUAGUGAGAGGUGUUGAGAAUUACUCAGAGGAUGAACUGGCGGCACACAGAGUGAAGCUGCAGGAACUGCAACUAAAGCAGAAGUUGAUGGAAGAACAGAACAAGAAAAGAAAAGAGAUGCUAGCGAAAGCGUUAGCUGACAGGACACGACAAACAGAAGAGGAAGUGUUACGGCUGGAAAAAAUAAAAAAAGAAUUACAAGUAUUAGAUGGACAGUUCUCACACGAUGUAGCUUUGUUACGAAAGAAGAUUGACCAAGCCUGUUUGACUUAUUCUGACGCAGAAAAACAAUAUUUGAAAGUGGAAAAGGAGUUUCUUCAAGCGAAAAUCAAUUUGCAGAAGGAAAAAGAGAAGAAAGAAUUGCUUACUGAACAUUUGUGUGCGUUGAUUACGCACAACGAGACGAGAAAAGCGCAGAAAUUGGAAACUUUAAUGUUAGAGCUUGCCACAGAUAAGAAAAUUGUAGUCAGCGAGACUGAUCCGAAUAUUGAAUCACCGAUAGAAAAUGAAAAUUCUAUUGUGGAUGGCAUUGAUGAAAGGAAUGGCAAAAUGGUCGAAAUUACAAACAAUAGUUGAGUUUAAAAUAAAUUUUAUUUUUAACAAAUUCUCUAAUGUUAGUGUUAUCUAUGUCUUAAUGUUGCCAGUAUCGAAAUAUUUUAUUACUAAAUAACUUCCAAAUAUAUCGGUGCAAUUAUUUAAAAAAAACUUUACGUAUGUGCCUUAUUACUUAUAGAUAUCUGAACUUAUCUAUUUAAAUGUUUAUAAGAAAAUACGUCAUGUAAAACAUGACAAAUUUUAGU